CGUAAACCAGUCGAACCAAAAUGUCAAGCACUAUUUCAAAUCAUGUUAUAAUUUGAACGAGAAGUUGUUUUACUCAAUAUUAGUUAUGUGAUCAUGCCUGACUCCGUAGAAAGAUGACAUCUAUUAGUAUGAUUUCUGAACGAGAUCCAGAUUCAAGUCCGAUUUUGACCCAGAAUAAGAAUCUACAGGCAGAACUUCUGCAGUGUCAAGCGGAUAAGGAAUUUGUUUGGUCACUAUGGAAACGUUUACAGGUCUCCAAUCCUGAUGUAACAGAAGCUAUUUCCAUAGCCAUACAAAGAGAGAAAGAGAAAUGUGAAAUUAAAGAUCGUAAGGUAUUAGAAAUACUACAGAAUAAGGAUAAUAGAAUUGAAGAAUUAUUGAGUAAAAUCGAGAAACAGUCAAAACAACUGAAAGAAAGUUUAACAAAGAGAGUUGAUUUUCAGGAAGAUAAUGGAAGAUUGGAAGCUGAACGGAAUCAUUUACAGGACAAAGUUUCUGCGCUUCAGAUCCAGGUGCAAGCCCUGGAGACUAGAGAGAAAAGUUUUGAUGAAAUUCACAAGAAAACUUUAGAAGCUACAGAAAGAGAGAAGCAAGAAUUUCAAAGGAGAACAAUAGAGUUAACUAAAGAACUGGAUUUAGUUCGAAAUGAGAAAUCAGAGCAUUUGUCAACCAGAAUUCAAGUUGAAGCAACGGCCAGGUCGUUUGAAAGAGAGUUGGCAGAGAAGAAUGUGAAGAUUGAAAGACUGAAUCAUGAACUGGAAGAAAGUGAGAAGAUUAUCAAGAAAUAUGUGAGUGAACUUCAGUCAACCAAGCAUGACCUUCAUUUCAAAACUCAGGAGCUCGAAAUAGUCAGAAAGGAAUUAUCUGAUUUAUGGAUAAGCCAUAACGAACUUACGGAAUAUUCUAGUCAACAGGCAGACUUGGUACGACAGUUACAGUCUUUACAAAAUGACACACAAAAAAUGUUGAAAAAUCAGGAAGCUGCUUAUUCUAUAGAAUCUCACUCAGUUCAACAGAUUUAUGGUGAUAUCAAUAAUAGAUAUGAACAAUUGAAGAAAUCGGAAUCAGAAUUAAGAAAACAAGUUCUCAGAUUGAAGAAGGAAUUAUUAGAUAAAGAGAAUUUUAUAACCCAGUUACAGGAUAAUCUACGUUCUAAAAAUAAACCACAAAAUCUAGAUGGCAGUUUCAUCGACAGAUUUAAGGAUGGGGAACCUGUUUUAGACUACGAGUAUAAAAUAGAAUGUAUGAAGAAAGAAAUCGACUUGUUAAAAGAUAAAUUAACUGAUAAAAACAGAAUCAUCACAGAACUCGACAAUACCUUAGAUCAUUCUAUAGAAUUUGAUGUUUCUAAGUUAAACAAGGGGGAGAGAACUCAUUCUACACCAUCUCGUGAACAUCGUAGUGUUGCUACUAGUCCUAUACGCUUAUUACGAGAGACGAAACAUCGCACCGUUAGUCGUUCACAUUCCUGCUCACCAACCCGUAACACCAACCCGAAUAGUCAGUUACUUAACACACGGAAAAAACUAGACGAUACUGAACAUUUGCUUCAUUUAAAGACCAAAGAAUUAUCUGAUUUAAGAAAGGUUCACAACAAAAGAUUAGAAAGGUUAAAAUCUCUCCAAGCCAGUUAUAAAACCGUUAAAGAUCAACUUAAAACACUAGAGGACGAACAGAACAAGAAGAAAAAGGUUCGUCGAUCUGACCCCAGGUCCUUAACGAAAGAAGACAGUGAUGGGGUGUGGAAUGAACUCAACUAUUUUAAACGUGAAAACAGAAAUCUCGCGGUCGAAAACAUGAACAUGCAGGAAGAGAUUGAUAUGUUACGAGUUCAAGCAAGCCAUGAUGCUGCUGCUAUACAUGAAUUACAAUUAGCUCUAGAACAAGAUAGAGAGGAACAUGAUUAUGAAAUAAAGAAAUUACAGUUUGAUAAUAAAGAUAGAACAGAAUUAGAAACACAAUUACACAGUUUAAAUUCACAGUUACAAAGUAAAGAGAUUUUGAUAAGAAAGUUAGAAAAAGAUGUCCGGGAAGGAAGCAGUGUUAAAGAUUUACUGAUUGAGGAAAAGAGGAAUCUCAAAUCUGAAUUAUUAAAUUUACGAAGAGAAACUGCUGAUUAUAGAAUGACGAUAGCUAAUUUAAAGAGAGACACAAGCAGAUUGAAACGAGAAAUUGAUGAGAGCAAUCAGUCGUCGAAGAUCAGUGAAAAGGACGGAGUGAAGAGUUCAUCUCCUGAUAGUUCCAGUGAUGUAAAGAUGUCUCGUGGAUUAUUACCCAGAUUACCUGUAUAUAGAAUCAACAAACGUAGAACAAGAUCAAAACCAUCCAAACAGUACCAAAGAGCAUUAAAUAGAAGUAUUGAGAAAAUGUCAGCCAUGUUUUCUAAUUUUAACGAGGAAGAUUGGGAAGAAGUAUCAGAAAGUGCAGAAGUUGAAGAAGAAACAGAUUUAACAGGUAGUGAUAUGUUAGGAAGAGCCAUCGUUAGUGCUUCACGUGAACAGGUUGGAAGUAAAAGACUAUCUGAUGGCCAAUCGUCAAAUCAAACAGAUUCCAGUACUGGAUAUAAAAGACAGAAUUCCAGUCCUCUACGGUCUAUGAAAAGUCGAACAGACAGAAGAAUAGCGGGAAGUUCUCCGUUGUCAAGAGACACAAGAAGUUCUGAAAGCCUAGAAUCCGUCACAGAAUCAAGUAGUAAUGAAAAUAUGAACAGAGUAGUUGUAAUGAGGGAGAUGGCCACGUCACCUAUAACUGUGUCAGGUGGAAGGUUACCAUCAUCGAGACCAAAACGUAUUAAUUACCAUUAUAAUGUACCAGCUUCACGACAACUUGGUCCUUUAAAACAACGAGUUAAUUAUCUUCAACAACAGGUAAAUACAUUACGUGAAUCCCGUGGUAAUGCGUUGAAGACGGUUGGUGAACAGAAAGAAAUGAUAUUACAAUUACAGACAGAUUUAAACCUGGCCAAUCAAAGGUUAAAGAUGACCAAAAUGAACAUACAGAAAGUGACGAAUCAUUUAGAUAAGUUACAGAAAGAUAAGAUAGGUUUAGAAGGACAGUUGUCAGCUCGAGAAGAAAGUUGUACAACUAGUGUAACUGGAUCACCAAAUGAUAAACAGACAGAAAAUGGAGUCAAGUCACUAGAAGUUAAACUUCGGGCAUCAUCAGCAGAAAUUGCUCGUCAAGCAGGAAGUAUUAAAUCGUUAAAAUUAGAAAAUGAGCAGUUACAGGAACAAGUUAAAAAGUUAACAGAAAAAAUAAACCAUGUAGAAAGAGAUAACAACCAGAAACGAAAUUUACUCGAGAGUCAAAGAACUAAACUGAAAAAUUUACAAGAUAAAGCUAAAACAGACUCAGAGACAAUAGUUGAGUUGGAGACGAAGAUAAAAUUAUUAAAUGAAAGUAGUGAUAGAACUAAAAUACAGCUGGAAUCAUUAAAGAAGCGAAUAUCUGCCGUGUCGAAAGAUAAAAAAGAAGCUGAUGAAACAAAUAUUAAACUCAUUUCAGAUGUUGAGAAAAUGAAUAAACAGUUAAAUGAAACAUCAAAGAAAUAUACAAAUCUUGAAUCAGCCAUGGUCGAUCUAGAAGAUACAGCCAAAGAACAGCUUCAUGGAUUGGCUAGUCAAAGUGAGGCUGCGAUAGAUUCCGUCCAGGUUAAACUAAUUGAAACACAUGAAAAAGUCCUCAAAUAUGAACAAUUUGUAAAGAUGUUAAGCUGUGAAAUAUUGUCUCGAGUUGAAGAAGGACGUCGGGAAAUAAAUGAUAAAUUGACGGCCAGUCAACGAGCCAAGGCGCCUAAAGACCCUACACUAGAACAAGCCAAGGCAAUAGCUCAAGACCUUUUUAACCUCAGUCAGUCUGAUAUUGAAGAGUUAAUGAUUGACGAUAAUUCUACGCCAAAAUCAAAGGAAGCUGCUUUAGCACAGAAGAGAAAUGAUAAAAGAUGGAUUAAAAAAUGUGAAAAAAUCCUUCAUUCUCAGGAAUUUGUGGAACCAUUGGUCAAACUACUGGUAGAGAAGAUUGAUGAAAGAAGUGAUUUAAUUAAACAAAUGACUCAAACAAAGUAAUCCCCGAUACAAAUAAAACCGUCCUCAACACAAAAAAAAAAAUUUUCCCAGACAUAAAAUAGAAUAAAAUAGUCUCCCAGACAAAUAAAAUAGUCUCCCACUUUAAGUUCCAAAUUUUCUGAAAUUUUAACCCAAACAUCGUUCACUAGCGAGGAAGGUAAACCAAAUGGACAGAAAAUAAACCCAAUUCUAAGAUGGAGAAAAAAAAAGUAGGAUGUUUUAACAAGAAUUAAGGACUAGUAACUCGAAUGAUUAACAAUUGUGGUAUUCUAGUGCUCAGGAUGGCCAAGGUAAUAGGGUUUUUGACAGCAUUAAACAUACAUUAUGAAAGAACUAAAGCUGCCUAUUACAGGUCUUUCUUUAGGCCUGAAAUGGUAUCUUUAUUAAUUAGACAUUCAUCAACAUGAAAAGACCUUAAUCAACUCUCGAUGGCACCUUAUGUCUACAUAAUUUUCACCGGAUUUAAAUCCGAUCUGCUGCUCAAUGCUCAUUGAUGAUUAAAUGCAAAAAUGGAUAAUCAAGACUAUGUUUUUUUAUUGUACCAACUUUAGUAAUGAUGAUCAAGGCCUAAAAUUCAAUCACUAAUGUUUCGGUUCAGAGUGGAGCAAUUUUCAGCAUCCUUUUACAUUACCUAGUUUUUCACUAUUAUAGUGAGAACUACCAGCUCUUUAUCUAAUCUCCCGAAAUACCCCUUUAAUUUAUUUUUUUGUUAUUGUUUCUUAAAACGGGGGUUUUGAACUGAACCGGUAACGUGGCUCAAAGUGUUACUUAUCUUCUUAUUCUUCUUAGGGGAAUAAAAUGAAAUGGGGUUUAACAUCCUACUGUUUUGCUCUGAACUGGACUAAUGAAGAAGGUUCUUCUUAAGGGCAGUGACGUUCGAAAAAAGCCUAGGGCCCAGUGAAUUGAAACGUGGCAUGCUUGUUCCUUGAACCUUUGAGCAUCAAAUGAUGGACUUCGUUUUUGUAUAUGACAUUGUUGUAACAUGAUGGCUGCGAUGAUGUCAGACUGGGCUUACUGGUCCAUAGUAGCUUGUACUUGUUCUUCUGUCGUAAACUGUGAUUUUCCAUAUCAGCAUUUAAACCAGUGUAAAAUUAAAUUGUUCUGCACUGACUGGGCUAAUAUGAAUGAAUGAGAGAGAGAGAGAGAGAGAGAGAGAGAGAGAGAGGUUUAAUGUCCACUCAACACGAACUAGGUCACUUUCGGGACUAACAGAUGGUUCAAUUUUCUUUCAAUAAUUCGCUUGCGCAUAUGUGUCUUUAGCAGUGGGAGGAAAAGGAGAAAACCCAGAGAAAACCCAUGUGCAACCGGGAAAUCGAAACCACGUCAUCUGACUCAAUGACAGACCUUAUGAUACAAUGCGCACAUGCUAACCAUUCGGCCCACCCCUGGGCUAAUGAAGAUGAACCUUUAUAAACUAGUAGAACUUGUGAACUGAGAUAAUACAACAUGGAGAUUUGUUUGUUUUAAAUAUUUGUAUUUAUUUCACCACUGUCUAACAGCAUUAUAUAAAGAUAUUACCUGAUUGCAGUAUUUAAACAUUAGUUAUAGACAGUAGAUAACCCUGUAUUAUUGGUUCAAGGCAGCAGUAAUAUAUGUCCUCUGUGUAUGAUAUCAGGGUAGUUAUUCUGUCUGGUCUCUAUAUAAUAUUAGUUAUAAACAGUAGAUAACCCUAGGCAGCAGUAAUAUAUGUUCUGUGUAUGAUAUUAGGGUAGUUAUUCUGUCUGCUCUCUAUAUAAUAUUAGGGUAGAUGAGUUUGUGUGUUAUAAUAUGUACUGUUACUACUACAGUAUUUAUAUGUAUACUUGUAUAUUCAAUCUCCCACUGCCCCCCCCCCCCACCUUUUACUGCAGAAUUUAGUCUCUUACUGCUGUCUCUCCACCCCACCCCCCAUCCACCUCCUUUACUGCAAAAUUCAGCCUCUUACUGCUCCCCUCCCCUCAUCUCCUUUACUACAGAAUUCAGCCUUUUACAGCUGCCCCCACCCACCCACCUUUACUACAGAAUUCAACCUUUUACUGCUGAACUUCCCUUUUUAUUGCAGAAUUCCCUUUUUACUAGUUACCCCCCCCCCCCUCCUACUGCUGAGAACUUCCCUUUGUUACUAGUUACUCCCCCUCCUACUGCUGAGCCCAUAAUACUGUUGACUUAAUUAUAUCUGUGAUAAAUAUGUUCUAUAAAUGUAAAAUAAUAUGUAAAUUAUUUGCUGUUUGUACAGCUAUAUUUAAACAUACUGUUUCAACAGUUACCUGGCCCCCAGUUCAUAAAUCAUUCUCAAACUUAAGUUAAAAAUUUACUCAAAAUUGUUUGCCUUAUUUCAACUCAAUUAUAGCCCAUUAUAAAACUUUUUCUUGUUUUAAUGUAUCAAUACAUCAAUAAAAAACUAUGUGCAAAGUUUUGUGUUUCUGGAUCUAAGAUAUUUCUCACAGUGAUUGAAAGUUGUGUAAAUUCUUAACUUAAGUCUGAGAAUGCUUUGUGAACUUGGGGCUAGUUCUUAAUCAACUUAAAAUGUAGCUUAUGUUAACCAUGUGCUGUUUCAAUAAAAUUACUGUUUGAAUAUUU